CGUUUCUGUGCCUUCCUUUUUUCUUAAAAAGUAAUUCCAGGGAAUUCAACGACGAAUUUGCGUUGACUUUGUUUCAUAUUCUCGUCGUUUUUGACACAGUAGACAGUCGUUGAUAACAUUUCGUACAAGUUGGUCCUUCAUAGUGUUGCUAGUUAUGACCAUCAUGCCAAUCUUGGCAAAAAAUGAUGUCCUGUCGAAAAUUGAGGCUGGAGAAUCGUUUAACGUGCGACUGAGAUUUAUCAAUACGCAAGAUUAUCUCUGCGUGGUGGAAAGCAAUUACUCUGAAGAUGAUAGACGUCGUCGAGUGCUCACUUUCCCGCUGGGCGAAGAAAUAGAGAGAAACACGAUGCUCGACUGGUUGCUGGAACCUGUCCGCCAACAAGGUCAAGAAAAUGCACCUGCAUUUGUCCGCCUCAGCAGUAUUAAACACCCGGGAGAAUAUCUGAUAGCCGGAACAGACGAUUUGACGCUGGACGAGAAUCGACGCAAAGUCUAUACUUGGAAAGAAACAGGAACGGAUUUCAGCGAAUGGGGUGGUCCACAUGAUUGGCUUCUGCUAGAAAACCAGACACCACCUGAGGAUCAAUCUGCAUCCAAUUCCUUUAUCAUACGUAACAAGAAAUUCAACGAGGAUCUUUACGUUAGCAAAGAGCAAUUCGAACUCAAUCCCAAGUACCGCGCAGUUUACACCUGGCGUCAAGACAUCAAGAUAGAAAAUUCAGCUAGUGAAGCUCCAAUAAACGCAUGGGAAAUCAUCAUUCAAAAGGAAAAUCCAUCGUCGUGAACUUGCCCGGCAAUCAUAUCACUUCGUCUUGUUAUCUUUGUAGUUGUUCUCUUCUUCUUUAGUAUAAUGUCUCACCGAAUCUGUAGAUCACGCAAAGAAUAUAUCUAGUGUGUUCAGUU